ACCGAUUUAAAGUCGCAGUGUAGACCUGGCCAGAGAUUGGUUUGGGACCAGGUUUGUCAUUUUGGCACUGAACAGAAACCACUUCAUUUUUUUUUUUAAUGAAGUAACAUUGUAGUUUUCUUUCCAGGCACUGGAUGAUCAUAGCUAAACAAUGUCUGGACUACGUGGAGCUGUCCAUGCAAAAUGGAUAAUAGGGAAAGUAAUUGGAACUAAAAUGCAUAAAACUGCCAAAGUGAGAGUCACAAGGCUUGUGCUGGAUCCUUAUUUACUAAAGUUCUUUAACAAGCGAAAAACUUAUUUCGCUCAUGAUCCACUGCAGCAAUGUGCCGUUGGAGACAUUGUUCUUCUGAAAGCUUUGCCUGAGCGGAGAACCAAAAAUGUGAAACAUGAACUGGCUGAGAUUGUUUUCAAGGUUGGAAAUGUCAUAGACCCAGUGACUGGAAAGGCCUGCGCAGGAACCAGGUUCCUGGAAAGUCUAACAGACUCGGAAAGUCUAACUGAAGCAGACACGACCUAUCUAAGUGAAAAGCUCCAAGAGCUAAAUGUUUCCUCAACAGAGUAAUAAAGGGUGGGAAGAGGCCAGUAAACAGAGGGCUUUACCUCUCAUCUUUACAUGAGGGAUUGGUUGUGCCCAUUGUCUUAGGAUGUAAAAUCUUUCUAUUGUUAGUAACAAUAAAUAAUAAACUGAAUUACUUCCAACACCAAAAUGACAGAGAGAUUUUAAAAUUGGGGAAUUUAUCAAUUAGAAAUAAUGUGGAGAAAACUUAAAUCACAGUUAAGCCGUGUUCUCAAUGUUUUAUUUUCUUAAUACCCAAUUUUGCCCCAUCUUUAGCAAGAAUGUCAAAAUUACCACCUCAGUCACAAAAUUAAGAAUGGUUCUUCUUUAUUAAGAUGUUUAAGAGCAUAAAUCUAUAUAUAGUUUAAUAUUCAUGGGAGGAUGUUUUUCCCAUGUUUGACUGUCUGAACCCUGGAACUGAAUCUCUUGUGGUUUGUAGCCUAAUAUUUAAAGUAACACAAUUAAAACUUUUUAAAAA